CAUCACAGGCGGCAUGGACAUGGGAGGCCUCUGGCCUUGGCUGCUGGCUUUUCUCUCUUUGCCAGGUUUGAUCCUAGGAGCUCCCUCAGCCUCUGGCUGCUCUGGAGCCUGUAGGACCAGCUUUUCAGAGGACCUGCCUGCUGAGGAGACCCAGACAUCCUGGGACAAGGACAUACCUGCCAUUAACCAAGGGCUCAUCCCAGAGGAAUCCCCAGAGAGCAGCUUCCUCCUUGAGGGGGACAUCCUCCGGCCGAGUCCCUUCCGGCUGUUGUCAGCCACCAGCAACAAGUGGCCCAAAAAUGGUGGUGUUGUGGAGGUCCCUUUCCUGCUCUCUAGCAAGUAUGAUGAGUCCAGCCGUGAGGUGAUCCUGGAGGCAUUUGCCGAGUUUGAACGCUCCACAUGCAUCAGGUUUGUCGCCUACCAGGGCCAGAGAGACUUCAUCUCCAUCAUCCCCAUGUCUGGGUGCUUCUCUAGUGUGGGACGCAGUGGAGGGAUGCAGGUGGUAUCCCUGUCACCUACCUGUCUCCAGAGGGGUCCAGGCAUUGUCUUACAUGAACUCAUGCAUGUGUUGGGCUUUUGGCAUGAGCACGCACGGGCUGACCGGGACCGCUAUAUCCGUAUCAACUGGAAUGAAAUCCUUCCAGGCUUUGAAAUCAACUUCAUCAAAUCUCGGAGCAGCAACAUGCUGGUGCCCUAUGACUACUCAUCGGUGAUGCACUAUGGGAGGCUUGCCUUCAGCCGGCGUGGGCUCCCCACCAUCAUACCACUCUGGGCCCCCAGUGUCCACAUUGGCCAGCGAUGGAACCUGAGCACCUUGGACAUCACAAGGGUCCUCAGGCUUUAUGACUGCAGCCCAAGUGGCCUUGACCCCCAUAGGAGAGGGCUCCAGCCUCACAGCAAUGGUAGGAGCCCCACUCCUGACUCUACGCCCUACCUGCAGCGGCUUCUGAAGGCACUGAUGGUGGAAUCCAGCAGCCCGGACACUGGAGACCAGCAUGUAGCUGCAGGGCCUGGAGAAAGCCCAUGGGGGUGGGAGCGCCCUGCCCUGAGGAAGCCUGGCGUAGAAGACUCUGCAAGGCUGCCUCAGCCUCCAGCCUCCUCCCCAAGCUCAAGGCCUGGAGCUGGUGCUCCUGCUAUUGCUCUGGAGCAGUCCUGGCUGGCCCGGGCACUGACGGGGCCCCCAACCCCGUCUCUGGAAGACCCGGCAGCACCCAACCAGGCUGCUUUGGAGAACCCAGAUCUACCAGGAGCACCUGGAAGUCACCUCAGGGACAUGCCCAGGCUCCAGGCCUGUGGCUUCUGUCCCCAGGUGGGAAGGGUAUCCUCUGCCCAGAGUAGCCAGGUUGAGUAACUCUUGAUCUCUCUGGGCAGCACCCCUGUCUUCUAGCCCCAAUCUGGCCACCCUGUCUGAGGCCUAGGCCUUUCCCCCAGCCCCUUCCUGCCCCAUCAUGGUCCCCCUCUCAUCCCAGGGCUCCUGGGGAUAGAGGGGCUCUGGCAGUCAGGCCUAUAAGGGGAUGCCUGGCUCUACCCACCUUCAACUUCUGCCCCAGCCCUGCAGGAUGCUGGGAAUAGGAGGUAUCAUUUUCCAGGGCUUCAGGGGCAGGUUCCAGCCCUGAAGGUUCCCCAGCCCCCCAGGAUGCUAAUGGUGCUCCCCUUCUCUUCAUCAGCUCAGGCUCAUGGCUGGGCUCCUGGGAGCAGCUUCCUGUCCCUAAGGUCUGGGUACUGAGAAUGUUUGCCUGCAGUUGUAGCCUCUGGCCCUGCUUUCCAGGAGGCUUUCAGAGCCCAACUCACUCCCCUGCAGCAAAGGUGCCACCCAGGGGGAGAUGAAGGGGCCGGGGGUGAGACGGAGUGCGCUCUAGGCCUGCACACUGGGGAACUUGGUGAGGUUGUGAGGUCCCUGACAGAGGACUCAGAGCUCCUCUCCAACACAAGUGGCUGCUCUCAGGAGCCUUGCUCCCCUUCUGCAUGCCACAACCCCCACCUGCCCCCAAGGACUUGGCUAGAGGAGGCCCUGGAAGGUGGAAAGGGCUUCAUUUUGGCAGGGAGGAGUGUGGGUGGUCACCCUACUUAUCUUCCUUCGGCUGAGUCCCAUUCUCUCUUAGCUCCUGGCCUCCCUUCCUUGAAUGGCACUAUUCUUGUGACCUGCCAGAA